ACGCAGCGUCGCCCGUGGGAGCUCGAGCCCGACUCGCCGCUGGCCUGCUGUCAGCGCACCUGCCGGAAUGUCGAAGGGAAACUAGCUUUGACGGGGAAUGAGUCGCUAAAGUUUUUGGAGCGGCUUCCAGGACAGGCGGUCGCGUCGACUUGACGCAUUUACCGGACAGCCGACGGUGUCAUCGCGUCCUCUGGCGAUUCUUUUCCUGCCCGAACAUGCUACAGGAGGGCAGCGGGAAGAACCCGCCGCCCGCGGCCGAAGCCGAGCGGCGCUCGCCGUCCGGAGACGCUGAAGCGCAGCCGGCCGCCGCCGCCGCCACCGCCGCCGCCGCGUCGGCCCCCGCGGAAGAAGCCCUCUUCGCUUUGCCCGGAAACGGCAGACUGGACAUCAAAAGGCACGCGGUGACGGACGACUACAAAAUCUCCAGUCAGGUUCUGGGUUUGGGAAUCAAUGGCAAAGUUUUGGAGUGCUUCAGCAAGAAGAAUGGGCAGAAGUGCGCUCUCAAGAUCCUCUACGACAACCCCAAAGCGAGACGGGAGGUGGAGCUUCAUUGGAGGGUGUCUGGCGGACCGCAUAUCGUCCGAAUCCUCAGCCUGUAUGAGAACAUGCACCGCGGCAAGAAGUGCCUGCUCAUCAUCAUGGAGUGUAUGGAGGGCGGAGAGCUGUUCAGCCGCAUCCAGGCCCGAGGAGACCAGGCUUUCACAGAGAAAGAGGCAUCGGAGAUCAUGAGAGACAUUGGCGCGGCCAUCGAGUUCCUGCACGGUAUCAACAUUGCGCACCGAGAUAUCAAGCCCGAGAAUCUGCUGUACAACUCCAAGCAGAGGAACGGAGUCCUCAAGCUAACGGACUUUGGGUUUGCCAAGGAGACCACCCAACACAACCCUCUCCAGACCCCCUGCUACACACCCUACUAUGUGGCGCCGGAGGUUCUGGGUCCGGAGAAAUACGACAAGUCAUGCGACAUGUGGUCUCUGGGCGUGAUCAUGUACAUCCUGCUGUGCGGCUUCCCUCCGUUUUACUCCAACACGGGCCAAGCCAUUUCACCCGGGAUGAAGAAGCGAAUCAGGAUGGGCCAGUAUGAAUUUCCCAACCCGGAGUGGGCCGACGUGUCGCAUGAAGGCAAGAGUUUGAUUCACCAACUGCUGAAGACGGACCCCAACGAGAGGAUGACCAUCAGUCAGUUUAUGAAACACCCCUGGAUCAGCCAAGCCGCGGCGGUGCCCUCCACGCCGCUCCACACCAGCCGAGUGCUGACCGAGGACCGAGAGAUGUGGGAAGACGUCAAGGAGGAGAUGACCAGCGCUUUGGCAACCAUGCGCGUCGACUACGACCAGGUGAAAAUCAAGGACUUGGACACCUCCAGCAACCCGCUCCUCAUCAAGAGACGCAAGAGAGCCGCCGCGGGGGCCAAGGGUGGCGCCGCGGUCUGCCAAAGUCAGUGAGGCGGGCGGCUCACCGUCACCUUCAAGGCCGGCCCUUUUUGAAUCCGGAGAUUGGCCGGAAAGAGACCGCGAGAUUCGCAAGGCGGGGCGGGACGUUUUGAGGCCUGCCUUUUGCCGCCGACGUGUUUGGAAAAGGAUUUGAAGACGCUUUGAAGCAUAACGACUGUAUGUUUGGGAUUUGGGGCUGCUGUUUUCAACCGUGGGCCAAUCGGCGAGCGUCGCUCACUGACAAAGGAAACGCCCAACGUUAUUGACAGAACGUCCUACUUUUGAUUUUAAUUAGUUUUUUAAACGCGUGACGCGACAACAAUAUGCUAGCGGUGAUUGCGAGGAGGAAAAGUGUCAGUUGAACUCGAAGUGCCAUCUCUUAUUUUCCCCGUCGCCCAUCCUUGUUCGGGUGAGUCGCAGCCCAUCCGAGCUGAGUUAGGGCGAAGGGCGGGGGCGGCGCCGACCUUGACCGGGGCGGGGCAGGGGGCGGGGCCCACCCUUUCGGCCUGCACAAAUUGAUGCGCCAGGAACAAUUAGCAGGAAGAUGUCACGUGGAGCGCACCAAGAAGUUGAAGUGUGCUGACGGAUUCCGAAAAUAUAAGAUAAGAUAAGAUAUCCUUUAUUUGUCCCACACUGGGGAAAUUUACAGCCUCCAGCAGCAAGAAUGUAGGUAGAAAGAAGACAA